AUGAAGCCCGCUUCGAUCCUCGCCGCCGGCACUCUCAUUGCCGGCAUUGCCAGCCCCGCGGUUGCAGUUGGUCCCCAGGGCCAGGCUGUUCAGAUCAACACUUACACCGACAGCAUUUGCGCCAAGUUUGGCUCCAACCGAAUGGUGUACUACGGGAAAAGCCCCAAGGUUGGAGACUGCUUCGAUCUAAAUCUGGCCGACGGCGUGCUGAGCCUGAACGCAGUUGGCGUUUGGGGCAAGGAUACCAGCGCAACCAAGAAGGGCCACUGCAAGGUCUACUCGGACUUCAAAUGCGCUGGCAAACAGGACAUUCAGAGGACCUACUGGCCCGACGGUGGACCUGGAUGCUUGAACUCCCGAGGACCUUCCGGAUACCUGUGGAAGAGCGCCCAGUGCUUUGUCGACAACUAA